CUCGUUGAAAUUGAAAAUUGUGGGAUCCGUGAAUCGUGUAGGUCUUUCUUGAAAUUAAAUAAAUUCUCACUGAAAAUGUUAUUUUUUUGUUUUUUCGCGGAAUUGGCAGACUUUUAGUUAAUUUCUAAAAUGAAUGUCUCCUGGAAAAUAAAAAAAAUGGUUUUCCUUUAGAAAUGACAUCAGUUAUCUAUUAGUAUAUAAUACUAUGCCAGGUAUGGCUGAAAUGGGAAUGGUAUGGAUGGGCUCCCAACAAGCAGUUGGAGAAGUACCCAUAGGUCUUAUGCCUAAUGAAAACAACGAACUACUUCUGGAUCAUCAGGAUAAUGUUUAUUAUACACCUUCCCAUCAUAGCAUGUCAAGCCAAUCAAUGGACGAUCUCCAUAGUACUAUGCACAGCUCCCAAGUUGAUACGGUAGAGAGCUACGAUAUGAUGCAUUACAUUGAUAUGAAAAAUGAAAGCAAUGAUUCAAGCUACCUCGAGGAUGAUAAUUCUCAACCUGUAUAUAUGAUAACCACUGCCACGCAAACAUUGCCUUGUCCCACAAGAAAAAUUAAACCAGUUAAGCAUCCAGGUUUAGUUUUGAAAACGCCAAUUGCAUAUCAAGGGAAUACAGAUCCAUCGGUCAUACCUAUUCAGAAAGAUGGAAUUGCUGUUUGUGAGAAAUGUGGUGCGAUUGGUGUAAAGCACGCUUUUUAUACAAGAGAACGACGGUUUUGUUCUAUGGCUUGUGCUAGAGGUUAUAGUGGUCUAAUACCGGAACCUUUGCCUCAGUCCAAUCCUGAUACGCCUGAAGCUAAGCAUCAGUUUGCUAAGUACCGAUUUAGUUUGCAGUAUGAAGAUGAUUUUUCGGAUUCUUACAUUGACUCAAGGUUGCCACAAAUUCCAAAACCUACCAUGCCGCCAGUAGACGAUACGAUUCCGUUGGUUCGGAGAAAGCCUUCCGAACUAGCAAAUUCGUUUAAUUGGGAUUCACAAUUAAGCGACAGAUACUUCGUAGCAGCUCCCGUUACUUGUUUCAAACAUGCACCGAUGGCCGAUGUUUGGGAAAACAUCAUGGUCGGAAUGAAGGUUGAAGUAGAAAACACGGACUGCGAUAACGUAUCAGACGCCUUUCCUGAUUCCUUUUGGGUAGCUACAGUCAUGCGCAUUGUUGGAUACAAGGCACAGUUGCGGUAUGAAGGUUUUGGUGCUAAUGAUACCAAAGAUUUUUGGGUCAGUUUGGUUUCUAAUCAGGUUCAUCCUGUUGGUUGGUGUGCGACGAGAGGCAAACCAUUAAUCCCUCCAAAGACUAUAGAAGAUAAAUACAGUGAUUGGAAGGACUUUUUAAGAAAAAGACUGACGGGUGCCAGAACGUUGCCGUCAAGUUACAGUAACAAAGCUAGUGAAAGUCUUAAGUCCAGGUUUGACGUUGGCUUGAAUCUGGAAGUAGUAGAUAAAAAUCAUAUUUCCCAAGUUAAGGUGGCCGUUGUUCACAAAAUUGUUGGAAAACGGUUAAACGUUAAGUACUACGAUCUGCCGCAAGAAGAUAUGGGAUUUUGGUGUCACGAAGACUCUCCCUUGUUACAUCCAGUUGGGUGGGCUAAAAAGGUCGGUCAUCAUUUAGUGGCUCCUAUAAAUUAUGUCGAACGUCUCAGUCAGGGAAUUUUAGAUGACGACGACGCUACAGAAGAUUUGUUCAACCCCAUCCAAGUUGGUUCUGCGGAUCAUAGUAACACAGGAUUUGCCAUCGGAAUGAAAUUGGAAGCAAUCGAUCCCUUAAAUCUAUCAUCGAUAUGCGUGGCGACCGUUAUGGACGUUUUAAAUUAUGGGUAUAUUAUGAUAAGAAUAGAUACAUACGAUUCCGACUCUACAGGUAUGGGGGCUGAUUGGUUUUGUUAUCACGUCAAAUCGCCGUGUAUAUUUCCCGUUGGUUUUUGUCAGAAGCAUAAUAUACCGUUGACGCCUCCUAAAGGAUAUGGUCAGGAUACCUUUGACUGGAGUAAGUACCUGAUGGGUACAGGUCACAUCCCUGCCGAUCCAUCCUUGUUUAACACAUACGUCCCAUUGCACGGUUUUGUACCAGGCAUGAAAAUUGAGGCAGCUGAUUUAAUGGAUCCCAGAUUGGUGUGUAUAGCUACCAUAGAUAAAGUGGUCGGUAGAUUAUUAAAGGUUCAUUUUGAUGGUUGGGAGGAGGAAUUCGACCAGUGGUUAGAUUGCGAAAGUUCGGACAUCUAUCCAGUGGGUUGGUGUCAGAGUGUGGGGCACAAACUCGAAGGUCCGCCAGUCCAUAAUGCGCCUACAACAAAAAGUCCAAAAGUCAAAAGAAAAAAUAGAAAAAAGAAAAACAAGGAUAAUGCCAAAAUCGGUUCUACUGGCAGUACGGCAUCAACCACUCAUUCAACUAAAACAAUAAAGGAACCGCCAGAAUCAUACGAAUCUUAUGAAUUUGCAACUCAGGUAAAUGAAGAACAAGAAAUAGAGGAUGAUCAGUCAAUUGAUCAUACCAGUAUAGAUCUAAAGAGUGAAAUCAGUGAAGAUACCCAUGAACCAGAAACAGGUCAAGAACCUGCUGGUCCAGACCAAAGUUUACCAGUGGCCAGUAAUGAGUUAAGCAUGGUUACCAAUGUCAGUUCCACUCUAAGUGAACCACCUCCCGAAAGGAAACCUACUACUUAUGUUAGUUCGUCAUCGAAUGCAAGUUCAAAACUCAUACCUAGAUUGAUAGACAACACUAGUAGUUCAAAUGACUUGGUUGGUGAACUGUGUCCUGACGAGUGGAACGUCUUUGACGUGGCUCAAUUUUUACGGGUGAAUGACUGUGCCAAUUACUGUGAUGCGUUUAGUAAGCAGAAAAUCAACGGAAAAAUGCUUAUGAAUCUCAACAAAGAGGACAUUUUGGAGUAUACAGGGGGCAAAGUUGGACCAAGCCUUAAAAUCUACGAUCUUAUACAGCAGCUAAAAAUCAAAGUGAAUCCCUUUCAAUUGCGCCACAUGAAAGCUAACAUUAAAAAGUUCUUAUAGUGCCUAAAAAUAUAAAGUGAGCUAGUUAGUAUUUAAAAGUAAGUGAUAAAUAAGUGUUAGAAAGAGAAAAAAUAUCGCAAGUUGGGAGGUAAGAUAUAUGUGGCCGAUCUAAUUUUUAGGUGACUUUAUUUAUUUUCUUUGUAUAAAAUCUUUUACUUCUUAGGAAAAGUAUUUUAGUUAAAAUUAUAUUAUUAACGAAUGAAAAAUAAGGUAUUUUGAGAAAGGUUGUAUUAAAUUAAACACUGAUGUUUUAGUUAUAGGUCAGAAAUGGGCAUAAUCUUGGAUUAACAAUUUUUUUCUUAAAUCAUCCAUUUAACAACUAUAGUCUGUCCUAUGACAAAAUCCUCGUCAUUGAUAGAUGUGUCUGUCAUUUUAAUUUCAAAGUAGUUUAUUUUAUUUUACCAAGAAAUAAAUUGGUACAAUUGGAACG